CGCCCGGGGGACGAAGCGCUUCCAAGUUCCAGCUAGACUCUAGAGAACAGUUGGACGCUGGAGUGAUUUCCGAUCCCGACCGACUUGUUCGCGAUGCCGAGCCCGAAGAGCUCUGCCGCCGCCGCCGCCGGCCGCCGGCCUACCGUCCUCCUCCUCCUCGGGGCUGCCCUCGCCUUCUCCAUCUUCCUUGUCUCCAUCCAGUCCUCCUACUUCACCAGAAGCCGGAGAUUGGAGACGAACAGUGAGGAGAUCCGGAUCCUCUCGGAUUUCCAGUCCCGUGUUCAACAAUGCGUGGCAAGCCGAGGACUUGGCCUUACCGCAGACAUUAUCGACCACUGUAGAUUGGUGCUUAAGUUUCCUGAAGGCACAAACAGUACCUGGUACAAUAAACAGUUUAAAAUUUUCGAGCCACUGGAGUACAAAUAUGAUCUCUGUGAAGCUAUCCUUCUAUGGGAGCAGUACCGUAACAUGACUACGGUCUUGACAAGGGAAUACCUAGAUGUGCGACCAGGUGGAUGGCUAGAGUAUGCUGCAAAAAGGAUUGCACAGCUGGGUGCAGAUAAAUGCUACAACCGUUCUCUUUGUGAGGAGCAUCUUAAUUUGAUUUUACCAGCUAAGCCUCCUUUUCAUCCACAUCAGUUUAGAACAUGUGCGGUUGUUGGGAACUCGGGAGAUCUCUUAAAGACAGAAUUUGGGCAAGAAAUUGAUAAGCAUGAUGCUGUCUUUCGGGACAAUGAGGCUCCUGUUAAUGAGAAAUAUGCCAAACAUGUGGGCCUGAAAAGGGACUUCCGUCUGGUUGUAAGAGGCGCAGCUCGCAACAUGGCUGCCAUCCUUAAAGGAUCCUCUGAUGAGGUGCUUAUAAUCAAAAGUGUGACACAUAGAGAUUUCAACACAAUGAUAAAGGAGCUUCCAAAUCCUAUUUAUCUUUUUCAAGGUAUUGUGCUACGACGGGGUGCAAAAGGAACCGGAAUGAAAUCUAUAGAACUUGCGCUCUCCAUGUGUGACAUUGUUGACAUAUAUGGUUUUACAGUGGAUCCCGGCUAUACAGAAUGGACACGCUACUUCUCAACCCCCAGACAAGGUCACAAUCCAUUGCAAGGCCGGGCAUAUUAUCAACUUCUAGAAUGCCUUGGGGUUAUUAGGAUACACUCUCCAAUGAGAGCCCAGAGGAAGCAAGAUUGGUCAGACGUGCCAAGCAAAGAAAUCAGAAGAGGUGCUCACAUUGCCGCUUUGCGGCUGAAAAGAAAGCAAGCUGGUGAAGCAGAUGACCUGGGACCCUUUGGCAAUUGUAAGGUAUGGGGUUCAGUGGGACCAGAUGGUGGUGGACCUGUUUCGGGAUCACCGAAUAUGAGCGACACUAGGAAAAACUCAAAUUACAGUAGGUGGGAAGUCCUGCCAUUUGAGAGCCUGAGAAGAGAAGCAAGAGAGCACUAUGUUCAAAUGAAUGGAGUUUCUCUCUACAAAAUGGAUGGAAACAAACUGGAUGAUCUUGUCUGUGUGAAACACACCUUGCCAUCAAAGGUUUGAGAAGAUGAGGACCAUAGUUGUCUGAUCGAUCUAUAUUCCAUAGAGGAAGCCUGAUUGUAAUUGAAGUUGAGCUUUAUAAGAUCGGUUUUCCUUUGUAACAAAGGAGGCUUAGGGCAUCCCUCUUUCAGGGUAAGAUGGGAAAAUCUGGUCAGAUCACAGCAAGAUAUUUUGCUGUUUCACAUUCCAUUAGAAUUAGAUCAUACCAGAAAGGGGGCAGGGUUAACAUUGAGAGUCUGAGAUCUCUUCUGGGUCGAGCUAAAAGUGAUUCUGGUUGAUGCUUAUGAAGCUAUGAAGUUAAGGGUUGGCCGCAUUGGAAAUUGUGUUAGAAGGUUAGAUUCUUCUCUUACAGCAUUUGAUACCAUGUGUGUUGUAUUGGUUUCGAUAGAUUGACUUACAACUCAGAAUAACCGAAAGUUGUUCAGUCACCAGGAAUUGAGGUAACAGCUAUUUUUCAUGCCAAUGGAAGCAUCUUGAUUUUAUUUUUUGGUCUCGUCUUUAUUUCUCUUUGUACUUUUCUGUGGUAAGUGCAUCUUAGCACUUCAACAGUAAACUUCAUGGUAGCUAAUAUAUUAUUUUCUUAGGAGUAUCCUUGGAAAUAAAGUUCAACUCUUACUA